GCCCUAAAAUACCCCAUCACUGGGAUCGUUACGGCAUCAAUCAAGCUUGAGCACCACCCGAGGCGAUGGCGAGGAGCAGAAGUCGUGGUGCUACGCAAGCCCUCGAAUCAGGACUAUUCGAUUGCUGGGGCAUAUCGCCUGAUCUUGCUCCUUAACAUACUUAGUAAAAUCCUCGAAGUAGUUAUGGCUCUACGACUGUCGUACCUAGCGGAGAGAAAUAGCCUGUUACCCGAUACACAAUUCGUGACGCUCGUCGCGUUCGAUCUAAAAGGAGCCUUCAACGGGGUCAAUAAACUUAGCCUCGACUGCCGCCUCCGGGUAAAGGGAAUCCCGACCAUCGCUCGAAAGUGGAUAGGGAGUUUUAUGACCGACCGCUUCGCUAGUAUAGGCCUUGACGACUUCCGUACCGAGGUCUUACCGCUAGCGAAUACAGUACUGGCGCAAGGCUCACCACUCUCACCGAUUUUGUUUUCGUUCUCUAACUCCGAUCUAGUCGACGAACCGGUCGAUUUCCACGGUAGCGUAUUAGCCUUCAUCAAUGACUACUUCCGUUGGCGAGUAGGCCGCUCGGCCGAAGAGAACUUGGCCAAGAUAGAAUCUGAAGAUAUCCCUCGCACGAGUUAUGGGCCCGGCAGACAGGGUCCUGUUAGCGGCCGAAAAGACCGAGCUAAUCCACAUCACGAGAGGAAGAAUCGAGCAGUUACAAGGAUAAGUGUAGAAGCUUUGAAGACUAUUGACUUACAAAGACCAAAUGAACUGAGACGAAUGACCCAAGCUCGCUACCACCGUGGCGCGCUAAGGCAUUUGCAGAGAUUGUGUUUGGAUCAGACCGAAAAACAUACCUCUAGACGCAAGCGGCAGCUAGGUGCUGCCAUCACGGUUGAAGUAGUUGAGGUCCAAAAGUUCCAGGUCGGGCCAACAGACCGGUGGUCAGUCCAUACAGCGGAGCUCAUUAGCAUCUUCUACGCUAUGAGCGUGGUGUUCAAGAUCGCCAUCAGCAAUCAACAAGAAUCGCCAAUUCUAAGCGACCGUAGGUCGGCCUUGCAGACAACUCAGAACCCAAGGAAGAGGUCAGGGCAACGGAUUGCGCACGCGAUCCUCCAAGCCGCCACGGAGGUCCAACUAGGGGGAAUUGCGCUUCGCCUUCAAUGGAUACCAGGGGACUGCAAUAAACCGGGAAACGAUGCUGCGGAUCGAUUAGUCAAGGACACCGCGCGCCCAGGCAAACCCCACCCCUUCCGCCCACUACUAUCACGGGAAAGUGCGCGUCUGCCCGGCAAUAUGCUCAACCAGUGGGAUCAGGCAUGGACGUCAUCCAACAAAGGUGAUCACUGCGAAAGAUCGGCACCUACCAGCAGCCUACACAGGAGGCUAUAUGUGAGCUUGCCCAGGAACCAGGAUUAUUAG